AUGACCGGCCCGUCGAUUCAAGAUCGUACGGGUGAGUUCCACGCCAUCCUGGGUCAGACCCAGAAGCGUUUGGCCUCUUCCAAAGUCGGAUCGCAGCGACAGAACCUGCUGUCCGAGACCCAGCGACGACAUGCAGACGGAGCUGCUCCAGGCGGCAAGAGGGCGCGUUCUGAAUUUGCUAAGAAAGCGGCGGAGAUUGGACGUGGGAUCACUGCGACUACAGCGAAGUUGCAAAGACUUGCCGAGUUGGCGAAACGGAAGACCCUCUUCGAUGACAAACCUAUUGAAAUCUCCGAAUUGACCUACGUGAUUAAACAAGAUCUGGCGUCUUUGAACCAACAGAUUGCUGGGCUACAGGCGCUUACCCUUUCGCAACAUCCAAAAUCGAAUCGGUCGAAAGCAGACCAGGAGGGAGAACAUAAUGAUAAUGUCGUGGUAAUGCUGCAGGGAAAAUUAGCCGACGUUGGAGCCAAUUUCAAAGAAGUACUGGAGGUGCGCACGAAGAACAUCCAAGCGUCACGCUCACGAACCGAGAAUUUCGUAUCAUCCGUAUCAUCGAAGUCGCAGUCGGCGUUGGACACGCAACGGUCUGAUUCUCCGCUGUACAAUACGUCAGGGAGAAGAACACCACAGCCGGGUGGUGCAUCGGAUCUGUUGACCUUGGAGCCGUCGAAUUCGUCGCCGCUGGGUCGUCCGUCGAUGCACUCAGACCAACAGUUGCUGGUGAUGGAGGAAGCUCAGUCGAGUAACUCGUACAUCCAAGCGCGAGGUGAGGCAAUCGACGCCAUCGAGCGCACCAUCAACGAACUAGGCGGUAUUUUCGGCCAGUUGGCGCAGAUGGUUAGCGAACAAUCAGAGAUGAUCCAGCGUAUCGACGCCAAUACCGAAGACGUGGUGGACAAUGUGCAAGGAGCGCAGCGCGAACUCAUGAAAUACUGGACCCGGGUAUCGGGGAAUCGGUGGCUGAUAGCGAAGAUGUUCGGAGUGCUUAUGUAG